AUUUAGAUUUAAUAAUGACUGUGAUAAUGAUCAUGUUGAUAACUAUAAUAAUAACUGUGUUAAUGAUUACAAUCAUGAAAAUGGUUAUAAAAAUGAUUACAAAGAUGAUCAUGAAAGUGACCUCACUAAUAACCCUGCUAAUAACAAUAUUAAUAUUUCUGCUAGUAACAAACAAGAUUGGAAUUACUAA